GGAGGAGGGUAAGUUUUACAGUGCAGUGACGGACUUUUUUUGCAGAGUUCAGUGUUGUGCGCUUCUCGGUGCGUCACACGCUCCAAACCUCCGCUGGAAGCGCACGACUCCGGACCAUCAUACAUGCGAACGCAGCCAAGACUCCAGCUUCUCUCCGAAACACAGCGAGCUUUCGGUUUGUUUUUCUCUCUGCAGGCUGCAUCUUAGGAGUGAAAUGGAUGUCAUCCCCAUGUGUAGCAUCUUCCAGGAGCUGCAGAUUGUGCACGACACCGGAUACUUUUCCGCUUUACCGUCCCUGGAAGAGUACUGGCAGCAGACAUGCCUGGAGCUGGAGAGGUACCUCCAGAGCGAGCCCUACGUCUCGGCCACGGAAAUCAAGUUUGAGAGCCAGGGGGACCUGUGGAGCAAGCUAAUGCUCGCUUGUGGGGACAAGUCGGACGAGUCGGACCCAAAGAUCCCCCGCAUCAAGGAGGAGGAGGACAAUCAGGACGGCCUGCACAUCGACGCCGGGGGCUUCAACUCCGACGCCAGCAGCGAGGCCUCGGACAGCUCCGAGGAGCUCUCCCCGACCCUCGACUUCUCCUCCGGCCCGUUGACGGACAUUGUGGGAGACGCCGGCGAAGACCUGGGCUCCGCCAUCAUCAGCACGCCGCCGUCUUCGCCCGAGCUGGGCAAGGAAGGCUCUGCGUGGAACGGGAUACAGACUGUGCUGCACUCACCCGGGAAAAUUAGGACUGGGGGCAUAGAGCGGACCGCGGAGAGGUCGGGGCUGACCAGCGGGGAGGCGUCGCCGGACGGCAGGAGGCGGGUGCACAGGUGUCAGUUCAACGGAUGCAGGAAGGUGUACACCAAGAGCUCGCACCUCAAAGCACACCAGCGCACGCACACAGGUGAAAAGCCCUACAGGUGUUCAUGGGAGGGCUGCGUGUGGCGCUUCGCACGAAGCGACGAACUCACCAGACACUUCAGGAAGCACACCGGAGCAAAGCCAUUCAAAUGCAGCCACUGCGACAGGUGUUUCUCCCGUUCUGACCACCUGGCGCUGCACAUGAAGAGGCACAUCUAAGAUGGCCUCCACGUCGAGAUCUCUAAGGGAUGAUUCUGGUUGAUUUGUCCUGACCUGUGCGGGGGGGGAUCAGCGAGGCCGGUGUGUGUCCUGGGAGCGUUUAACAGGGGCACCGCCACGUUCCAGUCGGUGGAAAAAAGAUGAAGCAAACGCAGGCUAUUAUUUGCACCAUACUUAGUGCCUCCGACACCUCGCUGUGGAGAUGGCUCUUGAAAGGCUUUUACGGAGGAUCGGGGUGGGCGUGGGCGGGGGGUGGGGAGAGAAAAAAAUGUUUAAAAAAAAAACGGGGAGAAAUUUGGUCUGGAGUAGACGGGAAGAGACUCUUCUGUAUGGUGUUCAGCGCUUUUUUCCUGGAGGAUUAUGGGACUCCUGCGGGUGUGCCGCUCCUCCAAUGACAGUGUGUUUGCCUGUACGCAUGGGGGACUGUGAGUGCCUGAGACUGGAUGCCUGUGCCGGCUUUUAUGGAGCGGAUGGAGCUUGCAUUGCAGAACGGCGAGUGAAUGACACAAAGGGGGGUUGAUGAUGUUACGCAAGGGGGGUUUUUCGGGGGGAUUCUUGUGGUCUCACUGAGAACGAAUGCAAGCAACAACAACAACAAAAAAAAUAGGUUUCUGUCCGUGCUGUUUGAGUCUACUGGCUGUGGAGAGGAGUAGGGGCCUGUUUUUUUUUUUGUGGGGCUGAUUUUGCGGGAGAGAGCGCGCCCCCUCUCUGCCCGGAGGUGGAACUACAGCUCCCUAUUUUCGAAAACACGGGAGGUUGUUUUGUUUAGUGCAGCUAUUAAAUGUGCAAUGUAUUACGUAGCCUGUCUCGAAAACAUACACGCUAUAAAGCUCAUCUUGUUGUCCAUUGUGUAAGCUCUGUAUCUUAAAAGACAAAACUACAAAAAAAAACAAAAAAAAAACAACGGUUGUACACAAACGGUUAUUGCCAUUAUAACAGAAGUUGCAUGGGAUCUGGGGAUGUGUUGCUCACCUGUUUGCUAAUGGGGGAACAAAGCUACCUUCAUAAUACUCGAUAUCAUAGUAUAUUUACAAAACACAUAAGGCAGUCAUUGUUUUUGAAUAACUUUCUUGAUAAAUUGGGGAUACCACUAUUGCUUGGCAACUUUCUUAAUCUUGGGAUUUUCUUUUUUUUCUUCACUUUUGCUCUUCACUUUUGUUCUAUCUGUAAAUGCACUGUUGACCUUACUGAUGCCUUAUGUAAGUGGCCUUGUCCUGUUAGAUAGAUCUCUCUCUCUCUCACACACACACACACAUCUGGAGGGUUGCGGAUGCACUAGUGCAUUAUUGAAUUGCUUUAUAAAGGCUCUGAUCCAUGCAGUCGCACCUUUGCCCUUUUAUCUGGCAACCGACUCCUCUAAACUCCUGAAUAAUAAUCCAGAAAACGACUAAAUAUCAGCUUCAUAGUGACUGCCAUUUUUACAUCUCCGCGCAUUCUCUGUUGAACAUAUCGUUAACUAUAUCACAACUAAAUCAUAUUUCGCCCCAAAAGUGACCCCAGGUCUGAGACAGAAUCUCGGACCACUUGAAAAAGCAACUCAAGUUUUGUAAAGGUUUACUACUAUGUAGUACAAGGUGGCGCGGAUACACUUCAGAUUGACUGUAACUUGCUGUCAAAGGUACAGAGUCUUGGAAAUAUGUUCUCAUGAAAACGUGGCGCGCUCAGCCACCAAUUAGGAUUUUACUGCAAAGAAAACAUUUCCGCCGGGGGCCAUUUAUAUGUUGAUGUGUCAAAAACGUAUAGUCUUUAAAAGAAAAGUGUGGGAUCCUGAAAAAAUAAUGACGACAUUCUCAAUCACGAGUCUGUUUUUGAUGUUGUGUGUUUUGGUGAGUCUCGCCCUCGGGGUGAGUCGGUAUCUUUACUCAGCCCUGGUUGACACAAGCCCGUGAUCUGACUAAACGGUAACCUAGAAACCGGUCCAACCAGUUUAGCUGAGCUGUGCUGCAGGUCUCGAGGUGUCCGUCUGUGUCUGCGGCUGAACUGAGAUGACACCAGUCUGUACCAGCUUCACUAUAUGCAUGUUUUAACUUUAGUUACUGUACACGACUUCAACGCACUCCUCCGUGGGUUGAUAGAAUUCUCUAGAGAGUUUAUCGAAAUCCCCUCGGUUUCACAGUUGGAUGAACUCCAUCACCAUUUUCCCCAUUUCUAACCAACGUUUUUUGGAGCCACGGUGUUUUUAAUGGAAAAGGUUUUGUUGAAAAAGUAAGACUUAUGAAAGCGUUGAUGAAGAUCUUAUCUGCUUUAAGGGUAUGGCUUGGUUAAGUGGUCAUAAAACCUGUUGUCUCUCACUCAUUCGUCAAUCUCGCAGCUGUACAUGUGAACCCGGUCAACAUUAAAGGAAGUCCAUACACUGAGAAAUGUCAAAAGAAAUGCAAAGAUAUGUACAUUGUAAACUAAGAGAAUUUUGUAAGGAAGCUUCUAUUUUGAAAGGGUAUGGGACCAAAAACAAGUGCAGUGUGUUGUUUCUAAAGAUGAACCAAUAACAACGAGAGGCCGAAGCAUUGUUGUAAAAUAGACAAACUCCAUUCUCCCUCAUCUGCUUCUGUAACAUCUUUGUUUUUGAUUGGAGGAAGGUAGAGCAAAUGUAUGUUUUAAAAAAGGCAUCAAUUGCAUAUACACCUGUGGCCUAUCAUCUUUCAAGAAAAAAAAACAUUAAAAAUUUCCAAAAAAAAAUUACUUUUCAGACGUGAAUUGUUCUGGACACUUGAAUUGUCAUAAUUUUUGCAUUAUUUUGCUCGCUAAGUAUUAUGUGUUGUUUCAUUUGCCAUGUGAUGUCUUUCUCUCAACUUUUCAAAGACCUGCGAAGACGCCCCAUCUUUAGCUAGAGAACCUUUAUCUGAUAAACAUGGAGAUAAAAAUAUGAGGCUCUAUUUUUGUUUGUUUUAUGGCAUAACAAGAUUUUUUCAUUUGAAAUUGUUUUGUAAAAUAGUUUCUGUAUGAAUGUAUUUUUUAUUGGAAAAUCGAUAAAAAGAAUUUAUUGGAUCUA